AUGAACGCUAUCUGUAGUCUAUUUGGAGAACAUCGUCGAAGUCGCAUGUUUUUUGUGCCCGCUCACAGCUUACGCUCUGUGUUCUGGUGUUCUUUAAUUGAAAAGCAACCUUUAGCCACAAUAUGUAAGUUCAGUAGGGGUGUUUUGAAAACAUUAAUUUUAAAUCAGCAUGCUAAGUCGUAUUUCGAGAUGUAUUGUGGUAAAAUCAUUCAAAAAAAUUACUCUAAAUCAAUAAAUUUAAUAUUUGCGGCUAAAUAUUCGCGUAGAAGUGCGAAAAAUACGACAACAUACAAAUUAAUUAAGUCGAAUGGUAUUGACGCAGAUAUUGACAAUGGAGAACUGGACAACAACCCAAAUUGGGAAUUAUUUGGACCAAGAGGAUUUAGAUUUUAUUUGCCAGGGAGUAUAGGACCUGGGUGGUUAGAUCAAUCGACUACUGCUCAAGUUGAAACUCGGUCCAUUUUGAUACCGAGAAACAAAGAAGAGUGUGAUGAUGGAGAUGAUUUUAAUAGUCUUGAAAUUAACGACAUGAUAAAUGUUGGUAAAACUAAAAAUAAUAAACUUAAACGAGUGAGACGGAAAAGUCAUCAAAAUCAGCCUAUUUUACACUGCAUUGCACAAGAAUGCCCCAUGUUACUGAGAAAAGGUAUUCAAGAACUUUUUCCAAGUUGCAUCGAAGUUGCCUCACCACAUCUUACUAUUGUUACUAUCACACAGAAGUUGAGUCCUAGGAUGAUGCGAUGGAGCAAAGAAAUUGAGACUGAAAAAUUAGCUAAAUUCUUUCUCCUUGCUGCUUCUGAUAUUUGUACUAAACUGAAAAUGUUUGGAUACUGGGCUGAUUUCAUAAAUCCAUUCAGUGGUCAGCCUUACUUAAAUCCUCAUAAAACCGGUGUAUUGUACAAAACAGAUGAGCGUUUUCGUUGCUUGGGCUUUAAGGUUCAUCGGAACAAUAACUGCAAAAUAAUUAUGCAUGAAAACAAAGGCUCUGAAUUUAUCGGUAAGUUUUUUUGUUUUUUUAAAUUAUUUAUUUAA